AGCAAAAGCCGAACGACCUGUGCGAGCAUCCGGACAAGGACAAGGGCAAGCCGGCCGGCCCGGUGUACAAGCUGGUCGAAGAGCUCAAGGCCGAGGCGGCGCGCAAGGCCCAGGCGGCGGAGGACCGGCUCAAGAAGGCGGGCGGCGCGCCGUCCUGCAUCGACUCCUUCCUCAACGCCGAUGCGACCGUCGCCUCCCUCCUCGGACGCGACAGCGCGGCGGCAAGCGCCUCCAAGCCGAAGAAGCUGCCGCCGCUAAAGGGCGGCGCCGCGGCCCCGCUCAAGGGCAAUACGUCGUCCGCAGCUCGUCCAGGCGCCGUCGUGUCGGCCGCGGGCAGCGCCACCGCGCCGGCGGCUGCGGCGGCGACGGCAGCGGCGGCCGAGCGCGAGCGGAAGUUCGUCGAGCAGCACGGCUUCGAGUGCCAGCCGGUGCAGGUGGUCGUGACGCGGCACGUGCUGCUCCAGCUGGCCUUCCUCGACGUGACGCGCCGCCGCAAGGCCAUCCGCACGCUGCACGCCCUCGCGACCGGCGCGGGCGAGAGCGUCUCGAAGCGGCUCGACGGCGAGCACCUCUUCGUCGCGCGCCCGCCCGGCAACAAGACCACGGGCAGCGACGUCCACUGCGUGUGGGAGCGCGGCUCCGCCGCUCGCCCCUUCUUCGAGGCGGCCGGCGCCGAGGCGGUGCGCGUGUGGUCGGUCGAGACGUCCGAGGCGCACCUCGAGGAGGUGAUGUCGUACGUGGAAGAGGCGUGGGGCUACGGCAGCCUCGCCGACUCCGAGGCGGGCUCCUUCCCGAUGGGCACCAACAACGAGCUCUCCCACCCCGGCGACCAGUGGCACCCCGUCCACUCGGACGAGGGCGGCGACGUGAGCGUGCCGUACGUGAUCAAGCUGCUCCUCCUCACGGAGGAGCUGCUCGGCGAGGCGUGCGACCUCGCGCAGCGCGGCUUCCACCUGCCGCUGCUCCUCGACGCGCACGAGCAGUCCCUCGUCCCUCCGCCGCAGCCGACCUGCUCCACGCUGCUCGUCGGCCGCUCCGGGACCGGCAAGACGAGCCUCGCCCUCGAGAUCCUGUACCGAGUGCAGGAGACGAACUCGGCUCGCCGCGCGGCGCGCGACGCGGCGCUGCGUGAGCGCGCCAGCGGCGACGAGAGGGCGACGGCGCCUCCGACGCCGCAGGAGCUGAGCGCCAUCGAGGGGGGCUUGCCGCCACACACCAACGUGCUCUUCCUGUGCAAGAGCGUCACCCUCGCGUCGCGCGUCAAGAGCCACUCCGAGCAGCUCAUGCUCCCGCUCGGCGAGCCUCCUGCCGACUCGGAGCGGCUCAAGCUCGACUUCUCGGCCGCCGAGCCGGAGCUGCAAGCGCCGCUCUUCCUCUCCUCCUCCGAGUGGCUGGUGCUGCUCGACCGCUGCCUCCCGCCCGACCAGCGCUGGUUCAAGUCCGAGCAGGAGGAGGCCCAGUUCAAGGAGGCCAUCAACGGGACUGGCGACGGCCUCGCCUCCCUCCUCUCGCACAUGGAGCUCGCCGAGGGCGACGACCGCCCGACGCGCGCGCCCGCUGCCCAUGAACACGUCCAUGACGCGUCCGAGGCACGUCCACUAGGCGACGACAGCCCGACGCGGUCCGCCGGCGACGCGCGUGGCGGCGCGGCGGCGGCGGCGCGGCAGCGGCGACAGAAGGGGAACGCCGCGCCAGAGGCGCGCCGCGAGCUGCUCACGUUCGAGAUGUUUGAGCAGCUCUUCCAGGGGCACAAGACGCUGCGCUCUCUCUCGGCCUUCUCCUACAUCAAGGGCAGCCGCGAGGCGAUGAAGACGAAGGAGGGCUACCUCUCGCGCGACGAGUACAUCGCGCUGGCGAGCAAGAUGUCGCCGCUCCCCGCCGAGAUGCGCGGCGUCGCCUACGACGCCUUCGAGGACUACCUGCGCAAGAAGCGGCGGCACAGGCUGUACGACGUGUGCGACGUCGUCUUCCACCUCUUCACGCAGGUUCGCCAGGGCGAGGUCCGGCACUCGCCGCUGCACCGCGUCAUCAUCGACGAGGUGCAGGAUCUGACCAUGGCGGAGCUGGCGCUGCUGCACGACGCCGCGACCGACAAGGACGGCCUCUUCGGUGACGCGGCGAGAUUGCGCGAGAGAGAGCGAGAUGACCCGCUCUCCCUCGACACCAUCACGCGCGGCGUCGGCUUCCGCUUCACCGACGUGCGGCUGCUGUUUGACGGCCGCCCGAAGCCCGCGCAGCUCAUCACCAACUACCGCACUCACUCGGGCAUCCUCACCGCCGCGAACGCGCUCGUCUCGCUCCUCACAAAGCUCUUCCCGACCACGCUCGACCGGCUCGACGACAAGCGCGCGCUCAACGACGAGCGCGGCCACUUCCUCGGCCCGCCGCCCGCCCUCUUGCCCGAUACGACGCCGGCGCGCGUCUCGGAGAUGAUGCUCGCGGGGGACGAGCUGGGGUUGUGCGAGAUGGGCGCGAACCAGGUGGUCAUCGUGCGCAGCGCCUCGGCCAAGAAGAAGCUGCCGCCGCUGCUGCAGUCCGGGCUCGUCCUCACCGUCGAGGAGAGCAAGGGCCUCGAGUUCGACGACGUCUGCAUCUUCGACUUCUUCGCCGACUCGCCGCGCGAGUGCACGUGGGCCGUCCUCAGCACGCUCGACGGCGACGAGGCGGCGGCCGGGGCGGCGACGGCCGACCGCGGCGCCGCGCCCUUCGACCCGGUGCGAGACAACAUCCUCUGCGAGGAGCUCAAGAUGCUGUACGUCGCCAUGACGCGCGCGCGCAAGCGCUGCUUCGUCUACGACUCGUCGACCGAGCGGCGGAAGCCGCUCUUCGACCUGCUGAGCCGCGCCGGCGUCGCCGAGAGCGGGCUCGAGGGCCUCCUCUCCGUCUCGAAGACCAAGAGCCGCAAGUCGUCGGCCGAGGACUGGCUCCGGCAGGCGGACAACCUCGAGCGGAACCGGCUCUGGGCGCACGCCGAGAAGGCCUUCCUCAAAGGCGGGGACGAGAAGCGAGCCCUCGAGGCGGGCGGCCGACGGCUCUGCGACGAGGCGGCCGUGGCGCCCAAGGAGGCCAGGUCCGCCGCCUUCCACCACGCCGCCAUCGCCUUCAUGCUCUGCGCGAGCCGCGAGCCGGAGGAGCGCGCACGGGGGGUGUCGCUUGUGCGCGCUGCGCGAAUCUGGUGCGCCGCCGCCUCGUUCGCCUCCUCGAGCCGGGCAGCGGGCUUCUACGCGCGGGCGGGCGAGGUCCUCCGCGACGGCGUCAACCCGCCUCGCCUCGUCGACGCGCUCUCGUGCUUCGUCGGCGCCGCCGAGCAGACGCCCAAGGACAAGAUGGCGUGGGCGACGGCGCAAGGCCUCGCCGCCCGAGCGCUGCAGGACAGCGGCGCCGACGCGGAGCGGCUCGAGGCGGCCUUCAAGCCGCUGAGCUUCCUCGCAGCGCAGGCGGAGAAGGCCACGCUCGAGCAGCUCGUCGACGCGAUGGCGCCGCUGCUCAGCGACUUCAGCGUGUCUGGGAUCCGCUGGGAGGAGGACAAGUGAGCCCCAAGUGAGCCCCCCCUGGGGCCCCAUGGCGGGCCGGCCUGUACGUUGCGCGGACUCGCCCAGCUACGUGGGAGGGCGCUACGGUGUCCGCGCGCCGUGCAGUGGCCACGCACACUACAGCCCGCUUUCGUUGCCGCUCGCUCGACGGUGACUGAAGGUGGGUGUCGCAAUGGUUUCUGCAUUCUGGUGGGAUGUGGUUCUCUGCCGUCUGUUUCUUCACGUCAUGGCGAUGGAGUUUUUGAGUAUAUACGGGUCUUUUGAACAAC